GAUGGCUACUUCUGAGGCCCCUCCCUCCCUACUAGCAACUGAAGUUGAGACUAGAACCAUCUUCAUAUCUGUCAAACACGCGUCACGAAACUACUGGAAACCAGGUUUCACCCUGAGUCCGUCCUUCAGUUCGGGUUCUGCUGAAUUUUUAUUAAGUUGGGUUUAUUCCUGUGGUGUUAAGGAUGCACUCGGGGGCGGUAGAGAAGGCUGGCUCGCCCAGAAAACGCGUCCUCUCCCGGGGGAUGAGCGAGGAAGAGACGCUGCGGCAUAUUAUAAAAGAGGCUGAAGAGUCGAACAAGCGCACUUUAUCACGCAGUGACAGCAGAUAUGGAUCACUCAAACGAGGAGAAACAAGAGAAAGCCUGAGUGAAGAGGAGCAUGCAGGAAAUCCUGGAAUGCUGGAGCUUCAGGCAAACUAUGAAGACUCUUUGCAGGAGCUGCAGACCCUCGAGCUCAGGCAGGAGGUGCUGUUAUUCCAGGUGGACUGUCUCCAGGAUGCCCUCCAGGGAGCUGAAGAGAUGCUCGCUGAGACGCAGAGAGAAUCUCAAGAAGCCCAUAUGGAGCUGGAGCGAGAGAGGGAGCGGAGGAGGAAGCUGGAGGAUUCUGUAGCUCGGCUGGUGCAGGAGGUGGAGCGGUUGAAGGAGGAAAACAGUUCUCUUUCUGCUGAGCUGGUCAGAAGCACCGCUGAGACCGUUGGAGCCGAAGGUAACCUUGCUGAUGCAGUAGAUGGAGGAGUUCCCAACUCCACCCCCAGUUCAGAUGGAGUCUCACAGUCUUCAGCCUCUACUUUUGCAUCUUCAGAACAGAAGAUGUUGGGUAUUCUGACCUCCUUGUUCAAGAACAGAAGACUGGAGCCUAGCUUAUUAAAGCCUGCAGGUCCUCAGAGCUCUUCAGGAGGAUCGUCGGUGGACCAGGAAGUGAAGGAACCUGAGAAACCGGCUGAGCUGAGGGCGGAGUCAGGGCUUGAGGGCGGAGUUAGCCAGAAAGCUCUGGACGGGGAGGAAAAUGAUGAGAGCAGUGGGUAUGAAGACGCACCAUCAGAGUUCUCACCCGCCUCAACUCCGGAGGGCUGCGCUGGGCUGUUGGAAGAUGAAGUUGUUACUGAAGAUGGAGAACCAAGCAACAGUGAUGAUCCUAUAUUCCAGAAGAACCCAGGAGACUCCUGCAUUCUGUCUUAAAGAACCUUUUAUCUCAUGGUGCAUUCCUUACUGAUCAGAGACCAGCCGCUUGGUUGUUCUCUGAUUGCCUGCUGUUCUUUUAGAAGCUUCUCUCUUUAAAAUGCAGGUGCCUGAAGGGUUCUUUUAAGAAAUGCCGCUUAAGAACCAUCUUCGGUUCUCUAAGCGGCAUUUAAAUGAAUGGUUCUUUAAAUAAUUAUUUUUGGCUUUAAAAUUUAAGAACAAUUUAGGAACCUGUUUAGAGUUUACAGAACUUUGACACUAUGUAAAGGUUCUAUACAUAAUCUCUUAGAGCCAUACAUUGAAGUUUAGAACCAUUUAGGAACCAUGAUUUACAGUUAAUAGAACCUUAAUACUACUACUCUCCUCCUCUUUGAACCACACGUGUCUGCCAAAAACAUUUAGAAACCAUUUUACAGUUUAAAAAAACUUUACAUGUUAAGGUUCUACAGAAACAAAUUACAGUUUUUAUAACCAUGAAUUAUAGCCUAGAACAAUUUAAGAAACCUUUUAAACCUUACAGAAUCUUUAUAUAAUUAAAAGGUACUAAAUCAAAGAAAGAUUCAUCCUAGAACCUUAUAUCCAAGUUUAAGAAACAUUUAGAAAUAAUUUUAUCAUUUAAAGAACCUGUAUGUUAAGGUUCUAUAUUAUUACAAGGUUCUUCUUAGAACCAUACGGCCAAAAUUUAGGAGCCGUUUUAAAGUUUUAAGUCUUAAGGCAGAACCUCUUCAUAACUUGAUGAAACUUAAUGUAAAGGUUCUUUAUAAAGUUAAGGAACUUUUAUUAUAUAGUCAGAACACAUUUUUUAAGAUUGAAGGUGUAUUUUGUACAGUUAGUAACUAUGUAUCUUUGCACAAAUGAUCAUUAUCAAGAAGUGAAAUCUGAAUCUACAUCUGAAUCUGUAACUGGUUCUAGUUGAACCGGUUUGGUUCUGAGUUAGUGGUACACUGGUGUUUCUCCUGCAUCACUGAUGUAAUCACAGCAGUGCUUUCUGUGUUUCUCAGGGCUGCGGUAGACGUUAAUGACGUUAAUGGCCUGAGAGAUCUCGUAAUGUAGCCAGGCAGGUGCAUUGUGGGAUUUAUGUUACAUAUCUUAGUCUGCGUCAGUGGAAUCUUAGUAAAUCUGUGUCUGAUAGAGAACCGUAUAGUUCUAAGUGUAUUUUAGACACACAUUCCAUCACACAUAUAUCAUAUUAUCCAUAGUGACAUGCUUUAUCACCUUUACUUGCAUAUACGCUGCUGUUUUAUUGAUUAUAAUUAGACAAAUCAGAUAGAAUUACAUUCAUAUCAGGCAGUUUGCCCUGGACUCUUGAUACCUGAGUUGGAUAAGAUACCACCAUUCAAAAGUUUGGAAUCAUUAAUUAAAUCAAAAAUCAUAUACAUUCUGUUUAUAUAAGCUCCAGAUAAAUCAGUCUGACUAUUUUUAACUAAUUUAGUCUCUAAUCUAAAACACAAUGUCCAGAAUGAUGGACAGAGCUUUAGAUGGUUCUAAAACAACUUUAAAAAUUGUAGAACAUCAGAAGUUAAUUCUGCAGAAGCGGACAACGAAGCUUUAAGAAGUGCUGCUUUUUGAACAAGGUUGCAUAAUACGAAGAAGCCAAUCACAACACAGUGGAGUAUUCUUCCUCAAACUGUAUGUCUAAGAUGGAAAUUCUAAAAUAUUUUUUAUUUGUAAGAGUGAAGGUUGUGUUUUUGUACAGUAGCUUUACUGAUCUCUCAUCCGAAUCAGUUAACAUACCGCACAUAUCAAGCUGUAGUGAUCACCUGGGGAAUAAAUCAGGUUCAGCUGCACCUGAACAGUCAUCUGGCUCAAACAUUAUGAGUGUAUUUGAUAGUUGGUGCAGGACCAGAGCACCACCACCUUCUCUUGUGGGUCUUGGUACGGUUGUUUUGGUCAGCACCUGAGUCUGAGUUUUUUUAUUUAUUUAUUUUUUUAACUAUAAUGUGGCUAAAGUGACUAAUAUGCAGUGGCCCUUCAGUGCCAUACAUUCUAUACCACACAAAUACUAGAAAUAAUAGAUUAAUGCAAAUGAGAGAGGCACAAAAUAGUCUUUUCUAAACUUCAUCAUCAUCAAUCUUAAUUAUAUCUUCCUGCCCUCUCCAUCUCAUUUUGCCUAUCCGCUAGAUGUGGACUGGCCAUUAAGAAUUUUUUAUUUGGUCAAUAAUAUGACGGAAGCUCUCCUGUUUUUUUAAACCUGCCCUUGUUUAUCUUCUGUUAUUUGCUGUAAAAAACUGGACAGUGUGAUGUCUCUCAAAAGUGAAGCCACUAUAGAUGAAGUGCCUCUGCUGGUUGGUUUGGGGUGUCUACUUGUUGAGUAGGCAAAUCUGGCUCCGUCUUUUGGUAUCUACUGCGCAGACUGUGGUGGAAAAUUUGACAACAUGGUGGACAAUUUUGACUUCAUUUCUAUAGAACAGAAUGGAAUUGAACCACAUUGUUUGAGUCCUGGCUUUUUUCAUUUUUUUUUUUUUCAGUUUUUGUGUGGGUGCCAUGCACCUACCAGCAAGAUACUGCCCAAGGGUGGCCACCCAUGUCACAAGUGAUUCCACGCUUUUGAAUGCUGAUAUGGUGUAUUUAAAAGAAUCAUUCCUGUUAACUUUAGACCAAACUUGGCCUUGUCUGAUUAUCUGCUGUACUUUAGAGCGCGUGUUUGCUCUUGGGGUCAGUGUCUACUGUUUGCUGUACUGGCGCGAGAGAGGCCUUGAGCUGAGCCGAGCUGUUCAAUCUCUUUUGUGUUUGUCUUCACUGAUGUUUAGAUAGCUGAGCUAAAAAUACACACCGGUUAGCUGCAGAUAAGUGGAUACGUCUGUCUUACCUUAACAAUACCAGCUGCUGCUGCUGCACAAUACCCACAAUACCCAGCCUGAAUCAGUCGGGUUAGGGGCAGUGAGCAGUGAGACGCAUAAAUAUUGGGACGGAGACAAAAGAAAAUGAUGUAAUUAUACAUGUGAAACUGUGCUACACUGUGAGAUAUUAGUGUGGGUGGGCUAUGGUCAUGGGCAGAAAGCCAAAAGCUGAGAUAAUAGGCACACCAAUAUUUAGGGUAUAGAACCUCCUGCACUAUAGGGUUAGUGUGAAGGCUAAUCAGAUUUGUUUCUCUAAUCAGAUCUGUUGAGAUGAAUGUGCAAGUGAUCAGAUUGGAUUUGCAUGUUCAAACAUCACAAACGGACAAAUGAGCAUCUGAUUAUAAUCGCAUUUCAAUAUUUUUCCAAAUGUGAUUUGGAUCCGAUUUAGUUAAAAUCAGGUUUCAUAAAGUUUCUUGCUGUUCAGACUAUACAAAAUUGAUUUGGGUUAGGGGUGUGCCAUAUCGUGUCGUACGCAAUAUUAUCACCAAAAAAAAAUUAUAUUGUGAACAAUAUUACACCCUAAAAUAUCAUGCCACAUCACUCACCCCUAAUUAUAUUACUUUUUUUUUUGUUGCUGUUUUUAGCAAAAGAAAAAUUCACACUGUUCUUAUUCCCCAUUAUAAAUCUACUAGAAACAGAUUAUAUCUGUCCAGUAUCAUUCAUUUUACUUCAAUCCUGGAUAUAUAAAGAUAUAUGAAGUGCAUUUUUUAGAAUAAGGACAUUCUGGAUUAUUGACUUCUGUAAAUUUGAUAAAAUUCUUAUUUUACAAUAUCUCAGGGCUGAGCCAUAUCAUAUCGUAUGCAACAAUAAAAUAACUUUUUGCAGUAGUAAAAAUAAAAAAAUAUAUAUAUAUACAUUUUUUGUCAUAUUGCCAAGGGUAACAUUAUUGCGAAAAUACCACGAAAUCUUGUGAUAUUAUUUUAGGGCUAUAUUGCUCACCCCUAAUCUGGAUACAGUAAGAUAUGCAAAAAAAUCUGAUUGGGCAGGCAGUCUGAACACACUUUAACCUUUACCUUGCAGCAUAGAAUUAUAACAUACAUUCAUUUAGGCAUUUUAAGGCUCCUGUUAGCAAAAGGUAAUUAGCACUAGGCUAUUAGCUAAAAUCACAUUUCACAUGGUUUCUGCCUGUUUAGACUAUUAAAAGUUUGGAUUUUAACUGGAUACAGUCUAGAUAUUCCACAACUCUGAUUUGUGCUGGCAGUCUGACCAUAGCUCUGAAGUGAGUUAUUGUGAUUAUGUCACAGUCCUGCUGUGUUUAGACACCGAGGGUCGUACAGCAAGAUCAGUAUCAGAACUUUCCACUGGACGCUGGCCUGUUUGGUGACGUGGUCAGUGUGUUUUACACGGGUGUCUUGCUAAAUUAUGAACCUCAGUGGUUCUGGAGGCCUUUUUUGGACAUGAGAUGAAAUCCAGUCAGGCAAACCCAAACCAUGAGCUUGGGCUCAUGUGGAGAGUCUCUCGUUCCACACAUUCCUCAGCUCUGAGCUUUAUCCUCAGCAGAAAAUGAGGAUUCUUUGGAUUUAUAAAUCUGCCCUUUCAGCACUGCACCUCUGAUUUGGUGGUUUUUAUGCUGGGUUUUUAUUGGUAUUACAUAUAUAUACUCAUCAUUGACAAAGUAGUUGCACCCAGAAGGAGUCAACUGGCAGGAAGGAAACUUGGUGGGUAGUCAUGCCAGAUUGAGGCAGCGUGUUCUUCAGUAAUGAAUCAACCAACAGUUUACAACCAACAACAUUCGGCCUUCAUUAAAGGGACACUUAACAGCCCAACGUUAGGUUAAUAAGGUCUUGCAACCGGGGGCCCAACCUUCUCUAAACUUACACUCACAUUGUGCUAUUCCAACAAGACAGUGCUUAUCCACUUACUGAUGCCAUCUCAAGAGCUUGCAGGAGUUGUGUGAGAAUAUUCAAGCUGCAUGGGAUGGAUUAUCGCAGGACUCCACUAGGAACAUCUACAACUCCAAGAGUCUAGCAUGUUGCACCUGUUAUACAUGCAUUUCACACUACUUAUGUAUUUGUAGCUCAAUAAAUAUUGGCAAUACCAGUCUAAUUGUUUAAUCAAUAAUUAUUCAUGGUACCUUAUCUUCCUUCUGAAUAGCAUUACAAAACCCCACUUUAUUCUGUGUGCAACUAUUUCUUUAAUGAUCAGUUUAAGUCUAAAGCUAGAGAUGCCUUCAAAAUAUGGAGUGAAUUCCAAGAAUGCUGGGAGUUUUUAAUAAUUUUUGCACUUACAGGACGGCAUACUGAAAAAGUUCCUUACUAUAUUUUAAAUCUUACAUGAUAAUAUUUGUUGACCCACGUGGAUGUGUAAAUAAGGCAGGCCUAAGAACUAAGGGAAAGCUACUUUUACUAUGAAGAUGUGUCAGGAUGUUUUGAGAUGUUGCUUUCACAAUAAAUUUUGUACAUUUCAAAGGA